AUGCGCUCGGCCUCCACGCCCAUGCGCCAGCCCAUCCAUCUCCCUCCGCCUCCGCUCUCCCGCGGCGUCCCUGAAAACGUGUCAGCGCUCGCCGCAAAGAACGCGCCCCCUUCCGUUCCCGCGGGGCACCUGCUGCACCGGACGUACCACUUCAGCUACGUGCGGCGGACGUUCGAGAAGAAGGCGGAGAACUACGGGGCGCAGAUCAAGCGGAUCGCGGCCGUGGCGACGGUCGAGGAGUUCUGGGGCGUGUACACGCACCUGCAGCGCGUGAGCAAGCUCCCGCCCAUGACCGACUACUACCUCUUCCAGGAGGGCGUGCAGCCGAUGUGGGAGGACGACGCCAACAAGCGCGGCGGCCGCCUUCUCCUCCGCGUCCAGAAGCACGCCAGCCCACGCGCGUUCGAGGACCUCUGCCUCGCCGUCAUCGGAGAGCAGUUCGACACGGAUGACAUCUGCGGCAUCGCGUGCAGCGUCCGCUUCCAAGAGAAUUACCUCAGCAUCUGGGUCAGGGACGCGAAGAACAAGCCCGCCAUCGCCGCCGUCGAGAACAAGGCGCGUGGCAUCCUCAAGCUGCCCGCGGCCUGCGU